AUGGAAAAUCUGUGGCAUUGGUUCUUCAUUGCCAUAGCUGCAUUAUUUAUUGCUGCAACUCAAGCCAGUCCCAUUGAAUUGGGUCAUUAUGGUCAUGGGGCAAUUCUGGCACAUGCUCCAGUACAUGCUGUUCAUGCUGAGCCUGUGGCCUAUCCAAAAUAUUCAUUCAAUUAUGGCAUCAAGGAUCCCCAUACCGGUGAUAUUAAAUCUCAAGCUGAGGAACGUGAUGGUGAUGUAGUCAAGGGCCACUACUCGUUGGUUGAACCCGAUGGCUCCGUGCGUACCGUCAACUACAGUGCCGAUGAUCAUAGUGGCUUCAAUGCUGUUGUCCACAAGUCUGCGCCAGCUGUGCAUGCAGCCCCCGUCCAUGCUCCCGCCUAUGCCCAUGCUCCAUUGUUGCAUCACUAUUAG